GCCGGUUCGCUGGGCCCGCCCCGCUACCCCCGGCCCCCGCCCGCCGCGCGCCCGCCAUGAGCCCGCGCCCGCCGGCCUGAGGCGCCGCCGGUGCCGGAGCGCUCCGCCAAGAUGGCGUGUGUGCUGGAGGCGCCGCUCCGCAUGAGCGUCCUCUCGGAGGUCACAGCCAGUAGCCGCCACUAUGUCGAUAGAUUGUUUGAUCUCGAUCCCCAAAAAGUCCUGCAAGGUGUCAUAGAUAUGAAAAAUGCUGUAAUUGGAAACAACAAACAAAAAGCCAACUUGAUUGUUUUGGGAGCAGUUCCAAGGUUGCUCUAUUUACUCCAGCAAGAGACCUCAAGCACGGAGCUGAGAACAGAAUGUGCCGUGGUCCUGGGCAGCCUUGCCAUGGGGACAGAGAACAAUGUCAAAUCCCUCCUAGACUGCCAUAUUAUCCCAGCCUUAUUGCAAGGAUUGCUCUCGCCAGAUUUGAGGUUUAUUGAAGCUUGCCUGCGAUGUCUCCGUACCAUUUUCAUCAGCCCUGUAACUCCAGAGGAUCUGCUGUACACAGAUGCUACAGUUAUCUCCCACCUCAUGGCCCUGCUCAGUAGGUCUCGAUACACACAAGAAUACAUAUGUCAGAUCUUCUCCCACUGCUGCAAACUCCACCACUGGCAUAGCUGCGGCUUUAACUCAUUGCCUCAGCCACUUCUGUGUGCCAAUGGUCCAGAUCACCAGACAAUCUUAUUUAACCAUGGAGCUGUUCAGAACAUUGCACAUCUGUUGGUCUCCACCUCCUACAAAGUCCGAAUGCAGGCAUUGAAAUGCUUCUCAGUCCUAGCCUUUGAGAAUCCCCAGGUAUCCAUGACUCUGGUCAAUGUGUCUGUUGAUGGAGAAUUGUUACCACAGAUUUUUGUGAAGAUGUUACAAAGGGACAAGCCCAUUGAAAUGCAGCUCACGUCAGCCAAAUGCCUUACUUCCAUGUGCAGAGCCGGAGCAAUACGGACGGACGAUCCCUGCAUCGUUCUGAAGACUCUGCCAUGCUUGGUUCGAAUGUGCAGUAAAGACAGACUGUUGGAGGAGAGAGUGGAGGGGGCAGAGACUCUGGCCUACCUGAUAGAGACAGACGUGGAGCUGCAGAGGAUGGCCAGCAUCACCGACCACCUCAUCGUCAUGCUGGCAGACUACUUCAAGUACCCCAGCUCCGUCAGCGCCAUCACCGACAUCAAGAGGCUGGACCAUGACCUGAAGCACGCCCACGAGCUGCGCCAGGCCGCCUUCAAGCUCUACGCCUCGCUGGGGGCUAACGACGAGGACAUCCGCAAAAAGAUCAUUGAGACUGAGAACAUGAUGGACCGUAUCGUUAACGGCCUGUCCGAGUCCAGCAUCAAGGUGCGCUUGGCUGCAGUCAGAUGUUUGCACAGUUUGUCCCGUUCUGUCCAGCAGCUCAGGACAAGUUUUCAGGAUCAUGCUGUAUGGAAGCCUUUAAUGAAGGUUUUACAGAAUGCUCCAAACGAGAUUCUUGUAGUAGCAUCUUCCACGCUAUGCAAUCUUCUUCUGGAAUUCUCUCCAAGCAAGGAGCCUAUUUUAGAAUCAGGAGCCAUAGAACUUCUAUGUAGUUUAACCCAGAGUGAAAAUCUUGCCUUGCGAGUGAAUGGCAUUUGGGCUUUAAUGAACAUGGCAUUUCAAGCAGAACAGAAGAUCAAGUCAGACAUCCUGCGAGGUCUGAGCACAGAGCAGUUGUUUCAGUUGCUUUCUGAUUCUGAUGUAAAUGUUCUGAUGAAAACCUUGGGACUGCUCAGGAAUCUUCUCUCCACUCGCCCACACAUAGACCACAUAAUGAGCACUCAUGGGAAGCAAAUCAUGCAAGCAGUGACCCUCAUUCUGGAAGGGGAGCACAAUAUAGAAGUCAAAGAGCAGACAUUGUGUAUCCUUGCCAAUAUAGCAGAUGGCACAACAGCAAAAGAACUGAUUAUGACCAAUGAUGACAUCCUGCAGAAAAUCAAAUACUACAUGAGUCAUUCAAAUGCUAAACUACAGCUUGCUGCCAUGUUCUGUAUAUCUAAUCUCAUAUGGAAUGAAGAGGAAGGUUCACAGGAGCGCCAGGACAAACUCCGAGACAUGGGAGUGGUGGAUAUUCUACAUAAACUGAGUCAGUCCUCAGAUCCCAAUCUGUGUGACAAGGCGAAGACAGCACUCCAGCAGUACCUUGCAUGAUCAAAGACUAAUUGAAUCUAUGGACACCCCUCAUGUCUACUUAAGGAAUAGCAGGAGAUACUCCUGACUCCUUAUAUUUGCACAAGUCACCUUGGGCUGCAUUUUUCUCAGGUGCAGGGAGCUGCUUUGCAGAAACAGUUCGAAUGAUCAGGUCUCCAGUGCACUUGAGAAUUUUCUUGAGGUAGUUUCUUUACUCAGAGGACUCGGGGUGGGGGGGUUGUUUUGGUUUUUUGGUUUUUUUUUUCCUGAGCUACCUGGACUCUCAGAUAGAACAAUCAGUCAUUGUUUUCCUUUUGGGCCUCCAAUUCUCUGCUUUUGCUGCAGCCUUGUGUGGGUGCGUGGGUGCUCGAGUGCGUGUGUGUGCUGGGCUGAGUGUGUGGGUGUGAGACCUCACUUUUGGUUUUCCUUUUUUUUUGUGUGAAAAUCUUUUUCUACAGGUUUUCAAGGGUUAACCAUUGUUUGCUGUACGAAUACUUCAAUGAAUUAUAUACCGUUUGAAUGAAAUGUUAUUUAAAAAAAAAAAAACCAAACUGUUGUAUCCCAUAAAGUUUAUUUUGAAUUUUGAAGAGAUGAAUGUUUUUAAGUAAAAUAUAUGCAUUUCUGAACUUCA